AUGAUACGUGUACGUGUAGCUAGCCCUACAGCACACGGUUGUACAUGUACAAUAGAAUACACUACGGAAGUACUGAGAAAUAGAUAUCCGAUACGGAAGUACGAAAGUACAACGUUGUACUGUAGGCCCUACGUGUACGGAAAUAGAUACGAAGGUACGAAGGUACCUUCGAAGGUACGAAAGUACCUUCGUACACACUAUGAUACCUUCGUACGGAAAUACGAAGGUAAUAAAUACGAAAGUACGAAAGUAUUUACUGUAUCUUCGAAGGCACUUUCGUACGAAUGUACACAACUUGUACACGUACGUGUACACGUACACAUCGGUACAACAUUUUUACGAUGCAAGUUUUCCAUAUUUCGUUCAGAAGCGUUGUAUAAAAUCAUGCAAACGCCCACAGGAUCUACGUGCCGAUACGACAGCUCUUUAAGUUUACUCACAAAAAAGUUCGUCUUUCUCCUCGAAAAAGCCGAGGAAGGCACAAUAAAUCUGAAUCGAGCCGCGGAGUCUCUCGGUGUCCAGAAAAGGCGAAUAUACGAUAUUACGAACGUGUUGGAGGGCAUCGGUCUUAUAGAAAAGAAAUCAAAAAAUAAUAUUCAAUGGAAAGUUUUACCUCCACAGUCAUUCGGACUGAAAUCUGGCCUAUCAACAGUGACGGAAGAGAUAAGAAGCAUGCAAAAUGACGAAAUCAACCUCGACGAGCAUAUACAGAACAUGCGAAGGAGUAUGCAUGUUUUGCUUGAAGAUCCCGCUCACAAGGGAAACCUCUUCGUCUCAGAGGAAGACAUAAAAGACUUCUUUUCUUUUCGCUCAGAAACCCUAGUCGCCGUUCGUGCACCCCAUGGAACUACACUUGAAGUUCCAGAUCCAGAUGACAGGAUGGAAAUUCCUAACAAGAGAUAUCGAAUCUUCUUGAAAUCUAAAGGAGGACCAGUCGAAGUUUUUCUUGUCUCACUGCACGAUAACGUGAGUGGACAGAGCUCAAAAGAGGUUCAUUUCAAAAAAUCACCUGUCGACCAUUCGUUACAAGGUGCCGGCAGAGCGACUCCUUCUCCGUCUCGUGUUCAUAGCUCCUCAGCAGCAACUCUUGCACGGGCUAGUGGACAUGCUCCUUGGACGUCUUAUGAAGAACGUGAAAUUCCAGCGAUCCUUCGCAUCGCACCGCCGAUUUCUGACCCUGACUUUUGGUUCUCUGAUGACAUAAAGGAAGUCGGCAUUGGCCUAAAUGAUAUGUACACUUCAGCAGGUCUGUCAGUGCUUCUUCAACGAAGUGCUAGGUGCCGAAUGAAUGCUCAACGCGAAUGGCUUUCAUCAAAUUAUGGCUCUCAAGGGACAUCCACUGAUAAUUGAGUAAAUAAAUAUCCAUAUUGCUUGUCCAGACCAAACUACAGGACAGGACAGAUAGGAUUUGAAGUUUACCUGUAUCCUCCAGCACUUGGAUAUGUGGCCAAGGCACGUUUGAUCCGGAAAAUAGCAAAACAAUUAAACCUCAGCAUGCACAAAUAAUUGGUUUUGAAUUUGCGAGUACGUGUAUACGUGCUAAGUCUUCAUAUGCUGAACGCAAAAUCGAAAGCAGAUCAAAGCACACUCAGCAGCAGGAGAAAUAUGUAACUGAGUGCUCCCCCGACCUACUUUACAUUAAAAAUAAACUCAAAGUCUAGGUCCUCCAAUAGUUUCUUGCAGAUGGUUAUAAUAAGCUGACCUCAUACCAAGACAGUGAACCGCCUACAGAUAGAAAUCUAUAAAUACUUUAAGAAACUGGGCAGGGACUCUGCCACUCGCCUCAGGGUGCAGAUUGCUUGGGCCACUGCAACGUCCUUUGGUGCACCUCCCAACGAAACACAUCUGAACCCUGUCUUGGUUACCUUGAAAUC